UUCGAAGAAAGGAAAACCCACUCUGCAAGAAAAGAAAAACUAUCCAAAAAAAGAAAAAAGAAAAAAGAAAAAGCAAAGCAUAGCUUCACAGUCUCUCUCUCUCUCUCAGAACUUGAACAUGGAGAUCGAUUUCAGCGAAUACAAAUUGAGCUCUGAACUCCGAGGCCACGAAGACGAUGUUCGAGGAAUCUGCGUGUGUGGAAAUGCCGGCAUUGCCACGUCAUCCAGGGACCGGACGGUGCGGUUGUGGUCUCCGGAGGGGCACAAGUACGCGGCGUCGAGGAUUCUGCUAGGGCACACGAGUUUCGUGGGCCCGCUGGCGUGGAUUUCGCCGAAUGAGGAGUUUCCGGAGGGCGGUGUCGUGUCCGGCGGCAUGGACACGCUUGUUCUGGUUUGGGACUUGAGGACUGGUGAGAAAGUGCAGACCUUGAAAGGUCACCAGUUGCAGGUGACUAGUGUGGCUUUGGAUGGCGGGGACAUUGUGUCGGCUUCGGUUGAUUGCACAUUAAGACGUUGGAGAAAUGGCCAACCUUUAGAAUCCUGGGAGGCUCAUAAGGCAGCAAUCCAAGCACUCAUAAAGCUGCCUUCAGGCGAGCUUGUUACAGGUUCAAGUGAUACAACUUUAAAACUUUGGAGAGGAAGCAAAUGUACACAUACUUUUGUUGGGCAUACAGAUACUGUUCGAGGUUUGGCAGUGAUGUCUGAUCUGGGAAUCCUUUCUGCAUCACAUGACAGUUCCAUAAGAUUAUGGGCAUUAAGUGGUGAAGUAUUAAUGGAGAUGGUUGGUCAUACUUCCAUUGUCUAUUCAGUUGAUUCACACGUCUCUGGACUUAUUGUCAGUGGUAGUGAAGAUUGUUCUGCAAAGAUAUGGAAAGAUGGAGUUUGUGUUCAGACCAUAGAGCAUCCUGGUUGCGUUUGGGAUGCCAAAUUCUUGGACAAUGGCGAUAUCGUGACAGGAUGUUCAGAUGGAGUUAUUCGUAUUUGGACAGUUCAUAAGGAUAGGUUGGCUGACUCACUGGAACUUGAGUCAUAUGUUUCCCAACUUUCUCAAUACAAGCGAAGCAGGAAGAGGGUUGGAGGAUUAAAACUGGAUGAUUUACCAGGGCUGGAGGCUUUACAGGUUCCAGGGACGAGUGAUGGGCAGACAAAAGUCGUCAGAGAGGGGGACAAUGGUGUGGCAUAUGCUUGGAACUUGAGGGAACAGAAGUGGGAUAAGAUUGGUGAAGUUGUUGACGGACCGGAUGAUAACCUGAGGCGUCCUGUUCUUGAUGGGAUUGAAUAUGACUAUGUAUUUGAUGUUGAUAUUGGAGAUGGGGAGCCUACUCGUAAGUUGCCCUACAAUCGAUCAGAAAAUCCUUAUGCUACUGCUGACAAAUGGCUUCUCAAGGAGAAUCUACCUCUUUCCUAUCGACAACAAAUUGUAGAGUUUAUACUCCAAAAUUCUGGACAAAAGGACUUCACCCUGGAUUCAUCAUUUCGUGAUCCCUAUACUGGCUCUAGUGCUUAUAUACCUGGAGCAACUUCCAGUAUGUCUGCAGCUGUUUCAGCAAAACCCACUUUCAAGCACAUUCCUAAGAAAGGAGUGCUUGUUUUUGAUGUGGCACAGUUUGAUGGGAUCCUCAAAAAGAUUACAGAGUUUAACAAUGCUCUACUCUCUGACUCGGAAAAUAAAAAUUUAUCUUUGACAGAGCUUGAGUUUUCCAGACUUGGUGCCAUUAUUAAAGUUCUGAAGGACACGUCACACUAUCAUAGUAGCAAAUUAGCAGAUGUUGAUAUAGCUUUGUUACUGAAAUUGCUAAAUUCAUGGCCUCUGGCAAUGAUAUUUCCAGUUAUUGAUAUUUUGAGGAUGACUGUCCUGCACCCAGAUGGGGCGACCGUACUUCUUAAGCAUGUUGAAGCUGAAAAUGGUGUACUAUCAGAAAUAAUCAAGAAAGUCACAACAAACCCAGCUAUUCCUGCAAACCUUUUAACGAGUAUCCGUGCUGUAACUAAUCUAUUCAAAAAUUCAUGUUUCUACAACUGGUUACAAAAGCAUCGUAGUGAGAUUCUUGAUGCAUUUUCAAGUUGUUAUUCAUCUCCAAAUAAGAAUUUGCAGUUGUCUUACUCCACUUUAAUACUCAAUUAUGCUGUGCUUUUAAUUGAAAAGAAGGAUCAAGAAGGUCAAUCUCAAGUUCUUUCAGCAGCUCUUGUGAUUGUGGAAGAGGAAAAUCUAGAAGUUGAUUCGAAAUUCCGUGUUUUAGUUGCCAUUGGAUCACUGAUGCUUGAUGGUCUUGUGAGAAAAAUUGCCUUGGACCUUGAUGUUGAGGACAUUGCCAAAGCAGCAAAGGCCUCUAAAGACGCCAAAAUUGCUGAAGUUGGGGCUGACAUUGAACUGUUAACUAAACAGAGUUGAAUCUCUCAAGUCCCUGGUUUGAAUAAAUAAUGACAGCUUGAAGUGAAUCUAAAAUAGAAGAUGAACAUUCUGGAAGGUUGAUUGGACCUUAGAGUUCACAGAAAUCACAGUGAAGAACCGGGGCCUCUGUCUACUGGGUGCAUACGCGGAAUACUAACAUGCCAAAAAGGAUCCUUCGAUCGAUGAGGAUACAGGGAUAUUUUUUUUCUUGGGCUAGUAAAAAAAAAAAAAAAAAACUUGAAAGUCAAAAUUUAGUUAACAAUUUGUGUUGGGCCCAAGGAAUUUCUUUAUGGUACCAAAUGGUGCAGCAAUUGUUUUUACUUGUGUUCCGGGGCCCCAGUUGUACCAUAUUUGUUGACCAUUGAUUGAACGUUUUUCAAAUGGAUAAUGUAGCUGAAUUGCCAUUAAAAAAAUGUAGCUGAAUGGCCGGCAUUUCUGGAUAUCUAUGGCCUAUUCUUUA